GUGGUUACACAAACCGAAUAAAACCGACGAAAAUCACGAAGUAACGACGCCUGAUCGCAAUAUUUACUGUUCCUUAAACCAAUUACACACCAUAUUUGUUUUUGCUACUCCUAUAUACACCACUUUAGUCGGCAUACAUUUUCGACGCUUUGCGAAAUAUUUAAGAUAUAUAGAAAUUUUUACGCAAAAAAUGACCCACAACAAAGAUGAAAAUGAAAAAACUAUCGUUGAAGGUAAAAAAUUGGAAAUCGAAGAGACAUACCAAUGUAUGUGUACUGUGGUGAACCAGUUGAAUGUGGAAUGGCAGAAUGUCUCAUCUGUAGCACAGCUUUUGGCGCCAUCUAUGCAGCAGACACGCACGAGAUUAGUAACACUAUGUAAGUAUCUCAUUUUUAGAGAUCAUCAGGACAUUGGGAAAAAGGCACGUGACGUUUUGUGGCACUUUGGCUAUAAUAAAAUUAUAUUAUACGCAAGGAAAAAUUUAAACAAUGAGUAUCAAAAUGGAGUGCCUCAUGAAGUCCUGGUCAUUCUAAUAAAAAUAUAUGGCCUACUGUGCAGUGGUAUCAAAAAUUAUAAAUUUAUUUCGAUUAACAUGGAGAAAAUUUACGAUUUGGAUAUAAAAUAUUUAAUUGAUUUCAAUACUAUCAGCGAAAGUAUAAGUUAUGAAAUGUUUAAUAACAAUUUAUAUGAUUAUUGUGAUAAUGAUAUUGGUAUGUUCGACAUAAUGGUGGAUAAAACUAAUAUAGAUGCAAUAGCAUUCGCUCUGGAUACCAUACAUACUGCAUUAUUACGUUUGGGUGAUUUACAUAGAUACUUUUUCUCUUUCGAGAUACAAAAUCAAAUGCAAAUGUCUAAGCAAAAAGCUGCAAUAUACUAUCUAGAAGCGUUUAAAUUGAAUUCAUCAGUGGGUGUGGCACAAAAUCAAUUAGGCAUAUUAUUCAAAGGAGAAAACUACGACUUGGACUCCAUUUAUCAUUAUCUCUAUUCACUUGUGUGCUUAACUCCUUUCCAAUUCAGUGAGAAGAAUGUUUGUGAACUGUUAACAAAACAUUUAUCAUAUCUGCAGGUGAUGGAUGUGGUUAAAACUGGAUUAAGUUUGAAAGAUUUUUUUGCUCGCUUCUAUUUAGUAGUUGACAUAUUCUUUUUUGACAAAGAUGUAUCUGAUUUUAAUACUAUCUGUCACUGUGUGAUAUCUGAUUUACAUAUAGUGCUAUGUUCGAAAUCCUUCAACAUCACCGAUGCGAGUAUUUUUAAAAUAGUUUCAAUACUUUUCUUCUGCUUGUCGAAGCUAAAAAGGAUCAAUUCUAAUAAAAUAUCAUUGUUGAAUGCAUUUUUGGUGGCAGUAUGCUCCACAUUAAUGGAAUCAUGUAUCAUAAAUUUAGAGCAGACGAUUUUAAGAAAAUCUGCUGAAAUUGCGGAUUUUCAGGAAAUGUACUUAAAAAAAUUUGACGAAUGUCCUAUGAAUGUUGCACGUUUUAGCAAAAGUCAUCAAAAGGAGAGGAAAAAUGCUAAGAUUCAGAGUCCAAAGCUAAUAUUGUCUAAAUCAAGAGCAUGCCAGUUGUUGCGUAAUGAAUCACUAACCAACAUCAAUCCAGACAGUAAUCUACACAGCCAACAACAAUCUAUGGAUGGUUGUGAAGAGAUUUUUAACCCAAUAUCUGCAUGUCCAAGUGAUCAAGAUAAGCGGUCAUACUCUAUCAAGAGUGAGGAAAGUGUUAUGAGACCACGUCGCCGCCGACGUGAAAUUAUUGACAAUGAUAAUAGCACAAGUGAUGGUACGGAAAAUGUAUUGAAUAUAGAAUACUCGGCUGAUGAGGAAGAUAACAUUGAUCUAAAUUCUAAUUUUAAUAAUGAAAGCAACUAUAUUCAAUCGAAUUCUGUGAAAUUUAAUAGAUUUUACCAAUUUAAUCGAAAUGAAUAUUGUACUUAUGACAAUGAAUUAAUGAACAAGUUUUUAAAUGAUGUUGAAACUGAGCUUGUCAAUCUAGCAGGGUUUAGUGAAUAUGGUAAUAUAAACGAUAUGCCUACAAUAGCUACUGCUAAUAGACUUGGUACUUCUAUUGAGAUUCAAGCUACUGCUAAUAGGCCUGGUACUUCUACUGAGAGUCAAGCUACUGCUAAUAGGUCUGGUACUUCUACUGACACUACAGUUACUGCUAACAGGCCUGGUACUUCUACUGAGAGUCAAGCUACUGCUAAUAGGUCUGGUACUUCUACUGACACUCUAGUUACUGCUAACAGGCCUGGUACUUCUACUGAGACUCUAGUUACUGCUAAUAGACCUAGUAUUAUAAAUAAAAAUGAUAUGCCUACCUCAUCUGAAAAUGUUGAUAUUAUUGUUGUAGAGGAAGGUAAUAUAUUUCCAAAUAAUUCUGAUGCAGUACAACCUUAUUUUGAUGCUUUUCAAUUAAGCUUUAAUAAUCAAAAAUUAAACGGCAAAUAUUCCAAUACUAAGGAAAUUAAAAAUGAUAUUGAUGAUGUAUGUCAAGAUAAAGGUAAAGAAAAAAUAGAGUGUUCCACUAAACAUACACAAAAACCAUUCACAAAAUUUAGACAUUGUAAAAAAUAUACAAAGAUAAAUCCAAAUGUUAUUGUUAAUUUUGCAAUUAAUGAACCGACUCUACGAGCAUUAGCCAUACUGUUUAACUGGUUACGUUUAAAUACAGAGAUACUUUAUGAUUGUUAUCAGUCUAAUCCAGAGUUUAUAUAUAAAAUCAUGAAACUCAUUAACUAUUGUAAUAUCGAUAUAUGUACACCUAAGAUAUACUUUAAGCGAGAAUUCUUGCAGGUUCCUAAUAUACGCACCACUCUAAAAGCUCUGUUUGAUGUACGUACUAUUAUUCCUUUGUCGGAAGAUUAUGCCUUUAAACAGUUUAAUAUCUUUGAUGACAUACAGAAAGAAUUCGAUUGGGAAUAUUCUCAACGUGAGCGUGUCUCCAAUGAAGAGGAAUGUAUAUUGCGUUUAUUUAAAUUAGUAGAUAUUGGUUUUUUUAUAUGCAAACAAAAGAAGUUCGACUAUCGCUUUUGUUUUAAAUAUCGCCGCUUUACUCAAACCGCAAACUGGCAAUGGGGACAGAGCAAGUAUUUCCGAAGACGUGAAAGAGAUGCUACCUAUAAGCCUCAACAUAAACGUAACAAAAGACGGACUCGUCGAUACUUUGCUCGUAAGCAUGAUAUGCAAAAGACAUUCAAUAACCAAGAAAAGGAGCUUACCAUAGGAGAAGACAAGCAGACGAUAGAAAAGGCCAAAUCUAAUAUGCAUAAUAGUGUUUUGAAUAUUACGAAUACUUCAUCUUUAACAAUUACUACUGCCAUUGGUCAAAAGUUAACUAAGCAGUCAAGUAGUGGAGUUGCUGAAGAACGUUCUGACAUAAUAAAUGAUAAAGUAAGUAAACUAGAGAAGUUACGUGUUAUUACUGGUUCCGUUGUCACAGCAUUCAUUAUAUUAGAUACGAAGGCUCUAACAGAGUACAUUGGCAUUGUAAAAAAAUUGUUAGCCACUAAGCAGUUCGUUUUACUUAUACCAAAUGCAGUAAUUGAUAAUUUGGAUUACUUGAAAAAAACCAGCGAAAGUGCUCGUAAUGUUAUACGUUGGUUAGAACAAGAGUUCACUGUUGGUAAUUGCUUUUUACGUGCCCAACGUGACGAUGAACAUUUGCCUUUGCCUUCAUCAGUUUUGAAUAUGCCAAAGAAGGUGGAUAUAUAUACACUCUCCUUUAUAAAGAUUUUAAGUUUUUGCAAUUACCUCGUAACAAACUAUACAGAUGGCAAGUGUGAUAAAUUUGGCAGGAAUAUUGUAAUGUAUUUAUCUGGCGAUAUUUUAGCAGAUAAACAACGACUUAUACCGAAAUUUUCUUUGGACACACUAUUGGAUGCUAUUCCUUUACGUUAUCAACAAAUAUCCGAUUAUUACAAGGAAAUAAAAUUGGAUUAAACAUAAGAGACAUCAAACUUGAGCGUAACUUUAAGUAGUUUAACAACAAAUUAUAUUAUAAUUAUAAAUUAAAAUAAGAAAAUUAAUUUAAAAAUUA